AGCGUGUUGUCCACAAGUUCUCACCCACUUUCGAUUCCAAGUUCGCCCCAAGUUCUCACCCACCUUUGAUAACCCCGCCAGCAUCUGCCAUCCGAAGGCAGAUAGAUAGGGGGACAGAGACACCGCAGCAGUAUUCUCAAAUUCGGACUCAUUCAAUGGCGUCCACCAUGAGUACAUACGAUGCCAGCUUCUGCCGCAACAUAUCAUUGACUGUGGGGCCGAGGCCGAGACGAAUCCCUGGUUUUGGUGUUGCUACCGUUAAUGCAAGGCCUAGGCGCUCAGCAACUGUGGUGGUCAGGGCAGAGGGUCAAACCAUAAACCCAGAAAUAAGGAAGACGGAAGAGAAGGUGGUCGACUCUAUUGUGGUUACUGAGCUUUCCAAGCCCCUUACUGCUUAUUGCAGAUGCUGGAGGUCAAAGACUUUCCCUCUUUGCGAUGGAAGCCAUGUAAAGCACAACAAAGCUACAGGGGACAAUGUUGGGCCUUUGCUCUUGAAGAAACAGUAACAAUUUAUAAUUGGUGUUUCCAUCAUGGUUUGGUCCCCCAUGUUAAUUUUGAUUUUUGAGUACUAAAAGGUUAAAAACCUUUUAAGUUUUCAUUUAGGGUUUGUGUGGCUAGUCUUUUGAUUGGGUUGAGCUCUCUGGUUUCAUGUUGCCUGGUGUUUCCUCAAUUAUGUUGUCAUAUUAGUACUAUUAUUAUUAUUAUUAUUAGAUAUUCCGUCAGCUGCAAGAAACACUGCUGUUGUUUAAACCUUGUUGCAUGCCCAGACAUGUAACAAAAUGAAAAGAAACAGUAGAUUUAUAAUGCCUAGAAAUGUAUAUCAAGUUAUUGUCGUCGAUUUUUAACCCACUUGGUUGCCUGGUAUUUGAAUAUAUAUAUCUUUUAUAUGUAUAAUUACAAGAGAAAGGGAUGUGAGAUAGAGAGUAUAUAUAUCUGUUACAGAGAAGAAGGGAAAGAGAUAGAUAUAAUGAUCCAUA